AUGCGAGGCAGAGCCGAGUCAGAGGAGAGCACCAGAGCAGGGCAGCCAGCAUCCAGCACCCAGCGGCGGCCAAGGAAGGAAAGAAGAGCCGGCGCCAUGUCCGUGCGAGUGGCGUCCGUGCCGGCGGCGACUAGGGCCGCGGGCGCCGUGGCGCCGUGGCCGUACCUGGAGCACAUGGCGCGGUGGGAGCGGCAGGUGGAGCGUCGUCAGCUGUUCCUCCGGAGCUACCACUUCUCCCGCGACGCCGAGUCCCCGCGGUCCCCGCGCGCGCGAGCCAGACGCGUCGUCUGGGCGGGGCUCCGCCGCCUGCGCCGCGCCGCGGCCACGGGCCUCCGCCGCCUCCGCGCGCGCCUCCGUCUCUGCUUCGGCUGGGCCACACGCCGCCGCGGCUCCUCCUCCUUGCCACGCCGCUCCGCCACCGGCGGCCAUCGCUACGGCCGCCUCUCCGGCGCCGGCAAGGCCCGCGCCGCCGCCGAGUCCGUCUUCUUCUGGUAG